AUAAAAACCAAGGACUAGCUCAAACUGAUGUAAACACUGUUUUGUGCUCAGAAAAGUCACCAUUUGGUCAGGGAGUACAAAGCAGUUCUGUUCAAGUUCAUAGUCAAGAAAUAGAGGACAAAGUUCAAAAAGAAGUUGGUAAUCAGGGUAAAACUAAUGAUCCUGAUAGACUGUCACUGUCAAGGAAAAGGAAAAGACGAAGCUUGGAGACCUCUAUAAACAAUACUGCAACAGAAGCAGUGAUUCCACUGCCAGCUGGUGGUGUAGAUGAUGUAGACAAGGCGGUGACCGUGUCAGAAAAUAUUGUUACUAAUGGUAUUAAUCAGAGCACAGAAGUUGCUACUAAAAACAAUGAAACUGUGUGUGAUAAAUCGCAAAGUGCUACGCCUGCCUUCAAUGCGUCUUCGCCUGAUGCCAAAAAAGAAACAGCAGACAGUAAGACAGGUGGAAAGAAGACAAACUCUGGCAAUGAUAUAAUCGUAAUGCAUGUCACCUCUACUCCAAUUAGUAAGGAAACUUUACCCCUUCCUUGUAGAAGAACUGACUUGACUGGUGUGGGUAACAAAGACAAGAGUGUCUCGUUAGUGUCUGAUCCCACCACUGCCGCUGUGGUGUCACCAAUAAAAUCAACAAGGGGCACUGGUAGGAAACGUAAACAAGCAGGUGUCGAUUUGCUAGUGGAGACAGAGCCUGCUCAGUCAAGUGCAAAUCUUUCCAAAAAAUCUGUUAAAUCCCAGAGAAGGACUAAAGGUGGCACUGUUGUUUCCCCUACUAAAGAGAACGAAAAACCUGCCGGGAGUAAAGUCAAGGAAGGUGGCGUGAAAAAGUCCAAAAAACUUGGCAAGAAGGAGGAAAUGUUGAACAAGCGGAAAGUGAAGCUUAAAAAGACGUGGAGAGUCUUGAGUGAUCGCAGCAUGCAGAAGUUGUUCCAGAGUGAAAUUGAUGGUGAAGAUUUUGCAGGUUUUAAUGAUUCUAAUGAUGCCAUUCCGGAACUUCCAACUGAUGUGUCGUAUGUGGACCUCACGGAAAUUGAGAUUGACGAGAAUUCUGAGAUUGAGUGGAUUUUGACUAAUUAUGAAGCAGAGAAACAAGACCAUUAUUUACGCAGUCUCAAGAUGCAUAUUAACACCAGUCUGGACGACAUCAACGAGCCCUCGGACUGGGCAGACCAGUGCUACCACUAUCUUGAGGACAGCAUCGAGAGAGGGAAAAAACAGCAAAUUUCUCAGAAAAACUUGAUGGUGAUCCCACCACCAGAGAGGAAAUCACCAAGGAAGAGUCCGAUAAAAAGUCCAGUCAAGAUGGUCACUACGAGGUUUCCACUUCGGACAACUGACCCUUACCGUCAUGAAGAAGGCAAGACAGGGAUUUAUCAGUUACUAAAGGAAGUUUGUUGUCUGGAAAAUAUACAGCUGGAAAGAAGAAAGAUGGAAAGACAGGAUGUGAAAAGGAACGAAAAAGCCAGGGGUAGUCAAAACAUAGGGAGUGACCAUGGAGUUGUAAAGGGUGGAAACAUGGUGGGAAAAAGGGAAAAAAUAAAAAGUAACGGUUUUCAGACAAAUAGAGCCAAAAACCAAGUUGCUUCCUCAACGACAGUGGCAGUCCGAUGUCAUCAGUCACAGACAUCUUCAGUUAAGAUGCACGGACAAUCGCAAAGCAAAACCAACAGCAGGCGUAAUUCCGUCCAAGGCGCCCUUAAGUCCCAUAAUACUAAUGAGUCGGGUGUCCAUAAGAGGGGCACAGAUGAGGAGAGUGUGCAAAUCAUAAAAGUGACCCGAAAAAAUUCUACCUCCAAAGUGAUUUUGAUCGAAGUCCCUGGUUCAGAGGUGGACUCCGUGGAGGAGAAGACUGAUGACAUUCACCUUAGCAUUGCUAAGCAUGUGACACCGCUGGACAAUGGACAGAUUGGACAAUUGGACCAAAUUGAAGGCCAGAGUGGUGGUUUUGAACCAGCAAGUGACCAUGUGGACACUCUUGUUGAGUCACAGGGGAAAGGUCUGGAACCUUCCAGUGAAAUUAUAGAGUUUAGUCCACCUCCGCUAAAUACCUCUACGCCACUCAGGACUGAAAUCACCUCAGCCCCUCUUCAGUCAGGGGCGACCAGACGUGUCAAGAAAGAGAGGCUAAGCAGGUCCAGAAAGAGCAGCAGAAUAGAGGGCGCCUCAGUCAGGGAUGAAGGAGAGGAAGAAAAUCCGUCAAGAUUGGUGACUUCGGGUCAAAAUGUUACUAAAACUGACAAUGGACAGUCCGUGUCAACUAAACGUGGGAAAGCUGCAUGUUCUAAAAGUCACUCAUCCUCACUGGUAACAGGAGAAAAGCAAGACGAGGUGAUUUUCAAAAGAAGGCGCAGACGAAGUACGUCCUCUGUGGACUCCAUUGCAUCCACUAUCCCAGAAAUCAGUGCAGCUACAGCACAGCAUGGAAACAAAGUGAGGAGGCGCUCCCUGGAAGUAAAAAAUAAGGAUGUGAUUGAUGAUGCGUAUGACAUUCAUGAAGAAGACUUUGAAAUUCGUUUUAAUUAUGCAAGCCCCCAACGGAGACGAAAGGCAUUCUGUUCUCUAAAAGCUACAGACCCCAAUGUUGUGAUCAGUCCAAGGAGGUCAAAUUCAGCCAUGAGUAAAUCUAGGGGAAGUCUGAAAAAUUCUGCCAUGAACAGAAAGAGGAAGUCUUCUGGAUUGAAGGGUAGGAAAUUGUUUGCUGGAAAGUUAAGUGUGACUCCUUCCAAUGGAGCAGAAACUGUGAGGAGAAAUCUUCAGAAAAAUCCUCUAAAUGUAUCCAAAAACUCUUGGGGAGAUGAUAAUCGUCAUACUCAACAGGAGUCAACAGAAAAGCCCAGAGUUUACAAUUAUAAUGUAUUUCAAUCCAAAGCCUUCAGACGCUCAGUGAGCAUGGCAUUUGACACUUCUGUUGAUCAGGCUGAGGCACAGACUCCAGUAAAACCAGAUGUAGGUGGCAGGACAAGUAGGCGGCUGUGCAAGACGAGCCCAUCAAAAAAUGCCCAAAGUCCAAAUUUUGGGGAAAGAAAAUGGAAGAAUUGGAAGUAUUCCAUGAUGGUUCAGGGCAACGUUUCGCCUAGUAAAACUUUAAAGAUUCUCUCUGCGAGUCCCGUGAAAAGCCCUAACACUUUGCGCUGUAGAGAGGAGAGAUCUGGGAAAGAUUGUUUUGCUUCUCCUUCAAAUCGUAACACCUCUGGGGAAAGGUUUCUUAAAAAUUGGAAAUAUGCCAAAAUGACACAGGGUUCAGUGUCUCCGACAAAAAGUGCGAAAAUUAUUUCAACCAGUCCGAAUAGGCUGCAGAGGAGUCCUGGCAAAAAGAGGAAUAGCCCACAAAAACGUGCAAACGAUGUUAGAAAACAUGCUUUUGCAAGAGCUGACAGAGAUUCUGUGAAACGGAAACUUUUGACGCAGGCUAAAAAAGAGAAAUGUCCCUAGCUGCUGAAGUUAUUGAUAUGUUGACCUAAAAUGACGUGUCAAAUUAUUGAAAUUGGGAAGUAGUUUUCAUGUGCAAAUUGAUUUUUAGAAGGGUGAAGCACUGACAUGAAAAUGUGAAGUAUUAAUUUAUUCACAUUAGAAUGAAACCUAUUUUUAAUAAUACUUGAUUAUUUUACCCCUUUAAAUCACUCAAGAUUUCAGUUCUGCAUCGAACUUUUUUUAAUGAUUAACUUUAUUAUUGUUAUUAUGCAUUUUAAUAUUGUUAAGAUGUUAAUUUUUUUAAAUGACAGAACAUUUUUCGACGUGUAAAGCAAAACUUGCAUAAGUGUCUUUAGGGCUAGAAUUUGGUCUCAUAUUAAUUCAUAAAAUUAAAUUUUAUUGUUAAAUUUACUUUUCAAAAGUGUGAGGCUGUUUAUUCUCACCUUUGUCAAAUAUGCAAAACUUUCUGUAGUUGGCCAUCAGGAAGGGAGAAUUAAUGGCAAUAUAAAAAAUAUUCAAAUACUUCAAUAUGUCAAACUCCAAGUACAUUUAAAGCAGAACAUUGAAGAAUUUAAAAUGGCAGACGUCUUAACAUGGAGAUGGGAGGUCCAGACGAUUAAUUCUUGUUGUGCUGUCGUGUUAAUUUUUAUAAAGUGCAAAGAUGUACACUGUGUGAUAAACGAAGUGCUUUAUCAGCAUAUUUCACAUAGAAGUGAUAAAUUAAUUGCAAAGUAAAGAAAUUUGUAUUUUUUUCACCACACAACUUGUGUACCAGGCAAUAUGGACAUGCGCCUUUUGAAAAAAGCAAUACAAGAAUAUGCAUAAUGUGAGGGUUUUUUUCGUUACAUUUUUUAUUUCAUUUUAAGAAUAUAAAAGACAAAUUAUA